UUUCCCUUUGUUCCAAGCCCUCUAAAUCGCCUUCCUUUGGAAAAGAACGCAUUUGCUGUUAGGCAAAGAGAAUUGCUGUAAUGUUUUCAAUGACACCAAAUAGAUUCCCAUGAUGGAGGGUGAGGACCAAGAGGAGGACUCAAAAGAACCAUCUCAAGAUGAACACAACUAUAGAAGGCGCAACUGCCAACGCUACCUCCUAUUCUCAGUUGUCUUAAUACUGCUGGGUGGAGCUGGAGCAAUAACAUGGUAUUUCUUUGAUCAUAAACCACAUUUCUGGGAGUCAACUUCCGUGCACUUCUACUCCGGUAGUCUGAGCAUCCUCAACCGACAGUAUUCCCUGGACCACGGGCGAAUGGAAUCCAGAGCCUUCUGGACAGAGACGGCCAAGAUGCAGAAGAUGCUGAAAGAUCUUAUUCAUGCCACUGAGCUGGCUCCUUAUUACAACUCCACCACCGUCUAUGCCUUUGGGGAGGGAUCUCUGACCUGCUUCUUCUGGUUUGCUCUUCAAGUCCCCAAAAGCCAACACAAGGAGAUGACUGCUGAGAAGGUGAACACUAUGCUAUACAGGAAACUGCUUGCCAGUACUAAUCAAACUGGCCACUUUGCCUCUUGGACCGAGUACAAGAUUGACCCAGAAUCCUUGGUUCUGCUAGAAUCCAGUGUGAAAGACAUAAUAGUGCUGAAAUCCACAUUGGGUUGUUACAGAUACAGCUACAUCAUGACGGAUGAAGCCCUGAGGCUGAAGCGCCCGGAUUACCUGGCCUCCAGUUGUCUGUGGCAUCUUCAUGCUCCCAAAGGUUACAUGAUCAAGCUGCGCCUGGAAUGGACCCUCUCGGAAUGCAGGGACCGGCUAGCCAUGUACAACGUUGCUGGGCCACUGGAGAAGCAACUCAUCACUUUGUUGUAUGGCUGCAGCCGUCAGGAACCCGUGGUAGAAGUUCUGUCUUCAGGACCUGUCAUGUCUGUGGUCUGGAAGAAGGGGAUGUACAGUUACGAUGAUCCUUUUAUACUAUCAGCCCAGGCUGUACCCUUAAAAGCCUGCCAAAUGAAUCUGACACUGCAGGAAAGUCUGGAAAUGCAAGGGAACAUCAAGACUCCCUACUACCCUAGUUACUAUGCGCCCAACACGCAGUGCACUUGGCACAUGACGGUUCCAUCUCUGGAAUAUGGAGUGGUCCUUUGGUUCGAUGCUUAUACUCUCAGCAGACAGAGAAGUGAUUUGCCAUGCACACAAGGGCAGUGGACCAUCCAGAAUAGAAGGCUGUGCGGCCUGCGGAGUUUGCAAGCCUAUGCUGAAAGGAUUCCUGUAGUGUCCGGUGCUGGCAUCACCAUCAACUUCACCUCUCAGAUCAUCCUUACAGGGCCUGGAGUACAGGCUGCUUUCAGCCUAUAUAAUCAAUCCGACCCAUGUCCUGGGGAGGCUCUUUGCUCCAUGAAUGGUCUGUGUGUCCCAGCUUGUGAUGGGAUCAAAGAUUGCUCCAAUGGACUUGAUGAAAGAAACUGUGUAUGCCCUGCAAAAUUCCAGUGUCAUGAGGACAGCAUCUGCCUAGACUUCUCCAGAGUCUGUGAUAAACAUCAGGACUGUAUCAAUGGGAGUGAUGAGGAACACUGCAAUGAAGGAGUUCCCUGCAGCCCUUUCACCUACCAAUGUGCUGACAAGAGCUGUGUAAAGAAACCGAACCCUCGGUGUGACUCCAUUCCUGACUGCAAGGAUCGCUCUGAUGAGAUAAACUGUGAUUGUGGGCUGAAGGGUCCCGUUAAUCGGAUUGUGGGGGGUGUUGAGUCAUUAGAAGAGGAGUGGCCAUGGCAAGCCAGCCUGCAGGUUCGUGGGCACCAUGUUUGCGGUGGAACAUUGAUUGCAGAUCGCUGGGUGAUCACUGCUGCGCACUGUUUCCAGGAAGACAGACUGGCUUCUCCCACUGUUUGGACGGUCUAUCUCGGCAAGUAUUUUCUGAAUGUCACUAGCCACAAUGAGGUCUCAUUCAAGGUGAGUCGCAUCCUGCAGCAUCCGUAUUAUGAGGAGGACAGUCAUGACUAUGAUGUGGCCCUGCUGCAGCUUGACCAUCCAGUUGUCUAUUCCUCUUCCAUCCGACGUAUUUGCCUGCCUGUGAGCUCCCACCUCUUUGAGCCUGGCCUCUUCUGCUGGAUCACCGGCUGGGGAGCAGUCAAGGAAGGAGGUCCCAACAGUAAGAUCUUGCAAAAGGCAAAUAUAUCUCUAGUGCAACAGGAUGUCUGCAAUGAGGCCUAUCACUACCGGGUCACACCUAGAAUGCUUUGUGCUGGCUACCAUGAUGGAAAGAAAGAUUCCUGUCAGGGUGACUCUGGAGGACCGCUUGCCUGUCAAGAACCAAGUGGCAGAUGGUUCCUGGCUGGUCUAGUGAGCUGGGGCCUGGGGUGCGCACGCCCCAAUUACUAUGGAGUCUACACCAGAAUCACCUCAGUGAUUAGCUGGAUGAAGCAGGCCAUGACGAGCUAAACAAGGCCCCCACCCCCUCUUCUUUGCCCUGUGAAACUCCAGACUGUCUGAACGUGUAGGAUCGAACAUACCUUUCAAUGUUCUGGACGACAGCAACAUUCCACACUGGACCAAAUCCCAUCUGAUUUUCAAGGGUUGAACAAAAAAGUAGUUUCAGUGCAGGUGGAGGAGGGGCUUUAUGAGGCCAGUUUUUCAGGCAUCCAAAAUGCAGGAAUCCCUUACAAUGAGGAACAGUUGUGAGACAUGGUUCUCCGUCGUUAUCUAUCCGCCUUCAUAUUGCCACCAAAAGUAGCAAUCCUGGUCUGUUGUCCUUCUUUUGACCCUACACUAGACCCUAGGACUAGACUGCCAAAAGACCUUGGAGAGGAAAUGUCUUCUCAUAUGGAAGGAGAAGGUUAUAACUGGAAGCCCGUGUAGCCCCCCUUGUAGAAAUACUUUGUGAGUUUUUAACAGCUGCAUUUAUAACAUAUAAUUAGUAUAUUCUCUGGAGAUGAGGGUAAGUAAGACCCUGAGCAGAUAGUCAUUAGGAUUGGGUGGAAGAGAUGAACUUCAUGUGAAUUGUGUGCAGUUAUUCAAUUUAAAAAAACCCAAUCAUGAGGCUGUCUAAAGGCCAGAUGACAUCUCUUAAAAGACCUCAUGCUGCUCAGCUGGGAAAGUCCUUUGGAAAAUUCCUUCUUGCUAACACCUGAAGCUGCCAGACCAUUGGUUUGUUGAGGUCAAUAUUGUUUACUUGGACUGACAGCAGCCCUCUGGAGUCUCAAGUCUUCCACUUCAUCUAUUAUGUGAUCUGUUUAACUGGGGAUUCUGGAGACUUAAUCUGGGACCUUCUACAUGCAAAGCAGAUAUGCUGCCACUGAUCCACAGCCCUUCCUCCUAACUUCUGCUGCUCCAUAUAGGGCCAUGACUUAACUGAUUUUUAGGUUGCACUUCUGUCCAUCACCAGUACACUCUUAUCAGCUCCACCUAGCCUUCUG